AUGCUUUCCAACACCAUGGCCAUCGGUUCAUACUCUGUGAACGCCAACUUGGUCUUCAUCACCACCAUUCUUAUUAUCUAUCUUUCCCAGAAACUUUUCAAAUAUUUCUUCUCCCCUAAAAGCAAGAUCCCCGUCUCUGUCAACUUCCAUUUCAGCAGGCUGUGCAACAAAUCCUGUGGUUUUUGUUUCCAUACCGCCAAGACUUCACACAUUGAAGCUCCAGCGAAUGCAAGAAGCGGUCUGUUCGCCCUCAAAGCCGCCGGAAUGAAGAAAAUCAAUUUUGCUGGUGGUGAACCCUUUUUGCACCUCAAGUUUCUUGGCGAGAUGAUAGACUACUGCAAAGAAUUUCUUCAUCUUGAAUCUGUUUCUAUCGUUACAAAUGGAAGUCUGGUCACCGAAGCCUUCUUAGCCAAGCACGGAAAAAAUAUCGACAUCCUCGCGGUCUCGUGCGAUUCUUUCACCGAAGCCACAAACAUCAAGAUUGGUCGUGGAUCGGGCAAUCAGGUGGACAAGCUCUUUGAGAUUCGAGACCUUUGCAAGAAAUAUGGAAUCAAGUUCAAGCUCAACACCGUCGUCUGCAAGCUGAACUUCGAGGAAGACAUGAACGAGUUCAUCGAUAAAUUGCAGCCCUUUCGGUGGAAAUGUUUUCAGGUUCUAAUUGUUGAGGGAGAGAACAACUCCUCAGAGACCCUCCGAGAUGCCCGAAAAUUCACCAUCACCGACGAGGAGUACGAACUUUUCUGUGCCAAGCAUCGCCACCAGACCUCCUUCGUUGCCGAGCCCAACAGCCUCAUGGCGAAAACAUACCUGAUCCUUGAUGAGUAUAUGCGUUUCCUCGAUCGCUCUGGAAAAAAGCCGUCGGCAUCAAUCUUAAAGGUUACGGUCAAAGAUGCCCUUGACAGUGUCUAUUGGGAUGAGUCUGGGUUUGUGUCCAGGGGAGGUAUCUAUGAAUGGACUCGCGAGGAGCCUUCCUGUUCUGAGAAAGAUCCGAAUCUCGAGUGGUGA